AUGACAUGGUCGAUUUGCUUCUACGAUGUGUUGGAUGCAGACAAAUUACAUGAAUCACUGCGAGGUCUAAUUGAGAUGGAAAAUUGGCGAAAGCUUGGUGGUCGCCUUAGAUUGAAUGCGGCCGGUCGGGUAGACGUGCAUAUUCCUCAGCAAUUCACAUCUGAUCGCCCUGCUGUGCACUUAACAAAGGCGUGCCCCUACAUCCUGGACAUCCCUCAGAACCAUUGUGCAGAACUAGCUGGGCCAGAUGCUCCCAAAGGCUUUUGCUAUUUCCAUUCGACUGAUCGGCCAGCUCUGACAUUACAUAUAAUUACCUUUUCCGAUUGUACUUUCGUUACACUGACCUUACUCCAUUGCUUGACUGAUGGCAUGGGCAUGCGUGAGUUGGUUGUGAACUGGUCAAGAGUUUUGCAAGGUGAUACGGGUACUGUGUCGCCCAUGGCCGAUCCAGCCGACGAUCCAGCUUAUCGUCUUAGCAGUAUGCCAGAGUCUCAACAAGAGGAACCCUACUUCCUAGAGUAUAAGAUGCUGAGAGGGUUCUCAACCGUUCUCUUCAUGUGCCGCUUCAUUGCCGAUAUUCUCUUCGGUCCGUGCAAUCGCCAGCGGACGGUAGUUUUGCCAGCAGUUUUUGUUACACGCUUGCGAGAAGAAGCUUACGAGGAUAACUCUUCUCUUAAUCUGAGCGACAGUGAAAUCAUAACAACAUGGCUAAUACGAUUGGUCUGUUCCCACAUGUCUCUAUCGUCUCGUCGGCCACUUGCCAUUGGAUCAGCAGUCGAUCCCCGUGGUCGCUAUCAAAGUUACUCUAAGAGCGGUGUUCUGCCUCUAUAUACAGACCCUAGUGGUUUUCUUCUCACCGUCUCCAAUGUUUCUAGGGCCCGCUUCCAAGAUGCUGUUGACUUCAAGCCCGCUGUUGUUAAGAGAGGACUGGCUUCUCAGAAUACAGACACACCAAGCGGGAAACCGAUAUGGUGUCUCAAUGUAACGCAUCCGCAGCUUGCACUGCCUGGUAUAAUUCAUAUACAGGGAAAAGACCACCACGGAAAUUACUGGGUUUUGCUGUCGACGAACGACAGGGCAUGGGAGAAAAUCAAUCAAAUGAAUGCCUAG